AUGUUCGCGGAGGCGCGUGUGGAUUGUUUUUACGCCACCAUGCGCAAGAGAGCGACCUCCGCAGUGCGCCGCGUGCGCGCCAGCAGCAACGCCCUGCUGGCAGUCAUCGCUGAGAGGAUUGACGGUCCAUUUAUGGGACACUGGUUGUCACUGUUAUGGAACAUGAAGACUUCAGAGGAAACAUGUUCAUGGACUGACAUUAAGAGCGCAUACUUUGGGAAUGUAUAUUCACAACUCACAUAUGGUCUCACCGUGUGGGACGAUGUAGCCAUCUGCACAACAUCCCGAGAAGAGUUAGAGGAUGCUCUCGGUGAUUGGAAACGUCAGUUAGAAGCGGGUGGGCUAAUGCUAAGUAUUUCCAAGUCCCAAUACAUGGUGUGUAACAAACCCAACCAACUUGAAGACCCUCUCGUUAUCGAUGGACAACAAGUCACUAGAUGUGACGAAUACAAAUACUUGGGUACCAUGUUACAUGCUUCAGGAAAUUUGGAAGGGAACUUGCAGCACCGUAUCGCCGCUGCCUGGCUAAAGUGGCGUGAAGUGACGGGUGUUACCUGCGACCGGAGGAUGCCUGUGAAGCUUAAAGGCCUUGUCUAUAAAAGCAUAGUAAGACCAGUUCUAACUUAUGGGAGUGAAACGUGGGCUAUGAAGCAGGAACAUGUCCGGUCUGUCCAAGUCACAGAAAUGAAGAUGCUUCGGUGGAUGUGCGGAGUAACGAGGCUCGACAGGAUACGCAAUGAACAUGUUCGCGGUAGCCUCGGAGUACGUGAUAUCGCCGAUAAACUACAAGAAAGUCGACUGAGAUGGUAUGGACACGUGAAAAGAAGGCCUCCUGAGUACAUAGGAAACGUUGCUAUGGAUCUGAGCAUUGCUGGGUCCCAAGGAAGAGGAAGACCGAAGAUGAGAUGGGCAGAUACCAUAGCAAAAGACAUGAGAGCCUGCGACGUUUCAGUCGACGACACGUCCGAUCGUGCGAAGUGGAAGGAAAGGACAGGAAAAGCAGACCCCAAAAUCAGAUGGGAAUAA